AUGGCAGGUACCAAACGCCCAAAGGGGCUUCUAUUCGACAUUGGUGGCGUUUGUGUCGUAUCUCCAUUCCAAGCCAUCUUGGACUACGAAAUCGCAAACAAAAUUCCAAUUGGUUGGGUUAAUUACAGCAUCCAACAAACUUCUCCACACGGCGCAUGGCACAAGAUCGAGCGCGGGGAGGUGAAGCUGGACGCGGCGUUCUUCCGAGAAUUCAACAGCGAUUUCCAACAUCAGCAUCUAUGGAAAUCAUUCCAUGCUUUGCGGCAGAGAAAAGAUAAUCAAUCGUCAUCAUCGUCAACAUUUAUUCUCCCACCCCUCCCCAAGGUGGAUGCAGAAUACCUCUUUUGGGAAAUGAUGCGAGUCGCCCGCUGCCCAGAUCCAUUCAUGUUCCCCGCUCUAGAAAAACUACAAGCAUCGGGUCAGUUCAUCCUCGGCGCGCUGUCAAAUACGACAAUCCUCCCCGCAGACAGUCCAGUAGGCCCACCGGUAGAUGUAAAACGGUUCUUCGAUUUUUUCAUCUCCAGCGCGCAUGUUGGGCUGCGGAAGCCGGAUCCCAAGGUCUAUGCGCUGGCGUUGAAGGAGAUGAACGAUGCGGCGAAGAAGAAGGAAUUGCCGGGCCUUGUUGAGCCUGAUGAUAUUGUGUUUUUGGAUGAUAUUGGGAUUAACCUCAAAUGGGCGAAGAAGGCAGGAUUCCGGACUAUUAAGGUUGAUUUGGGUAAGUCGUGGGAUGCGGUGAAGGAGCUGGAAGAAGUUACUGUGCCAUCCCCAGCUUUGGGAAUCGCCGCGCUAAGCGAACACACAAAACGAGAUAGCAAAAUCCCACAAAAAAAAGUUGGAAACGAUUUUUUCUCCCUCCCUGUCCAACUCGCCCGACAUCCAGGUUCAGUAGCAACUCGACGCACCAAACCUAUCGGCAAGAUGCCUUUCACCAAGCUCGUCAAGAACAGCGCUUACUUCAGCCGGUAUCAGACCAAGUUCAAGCGUCGCCGGGAGGGAAAGACCGACUACUAUGCCCGUAAGCGUCUGAUCACACAGGCCAAGAACAAAUACAAUGCGCCCAAGUAUCGCAUGGUUGUCCGCUUCACCAACCGUGACAUCAUCACCCAGAUCGUCACUGCUGAAAUGACCGGUGACAAGGUCUUCGCCUCUGCGUACUCCCAUGAGCUCAAGCGCUAUGGUAUCAAGCACGGCCUGACCAACUGGGCUGCUGCCUACGCCACCGGUCUCCUUCUCGCUCGCCGCGCGCUCAAGAAGCUUGGCCUGGACGAGGACUUUGUCGGUGUAGAGGAACCCGAGGGCGAGUACAGCCUCACUGAAGCCGCUGAGACUGACGAGGGCACCCGCCGCCCCUUCAAGGUCGUUCUCGACGUCGGUCUCCAGCGCACUUCAACCGGUGCCCGUGUCUUCGCCGCCAUGAAGGGCGCGUCUGAUGGCGGCAUCCUGAUCCCCCACUCCGAGAGUCGCUUCCCUGGCUACGAUAUCGAGACCAAGGAGCUGGAUGCGGAGACUCUGCGCCGCUACAUCUUCGGCGGCCACGUGGCUGAGUACAUGGAAACCCUUGCCGACGACGACGAGGAGCGCUACAAGUCCCAGUUCCAGAAGUAUAUUGACGACGACGUUGAUGCUGGUGAUCUUGAGGAGAUCUAUGCUGAGGCGCACAAGGGUAUCCGUGCCGAUCCGUUCAAGAAGGAUGAGGAUGCUGGACCCAAGAAGACGAAGGAGGAGUGGAAGGCUGAGAGCUUGAAAUAUCGAAGCAAGAAGCUUACUCGUGCUGAGAAAGAGGCGCGUGUACAGGAGAAGAUUCGGGAGUUGGCAUAAAACGGGACACAAUAUGUUUUCUCUUUGCGCUUGUGAUCUGUGUUUCUCGCUUUCUAAUGUGAAAGGAUCUGGCAAAAGUUCUUUUUGCCUACAACAAGCAAACGUCAGAUUUCAAGGGGGAAAGAGGAAGAUUAUAUUGAAUUUGGUAAUGAAUGAAAUGCUGAGAAAACGCGAGCUGGCUAAAAUCUUUUUCUUUUUACACGUUUUUCCAUCACCAAUGGAAACAUUUAGCUAGCUACGCACGGAUGGAUGGUCGAGUAUUUAAUCGGAGUGAACGGACUGGGCUUAUUUCUUUUCUCCUCUUCUUUGCUGCAUGUGUUCAUGGAGUUCCUUAACUACAAAUGAUAUCAAUGAUUUUCUUUCCCUCCUCAGGCAGAAAACAUAGCAUAACCAAUCUUCCACAGUAUCCGUCAACAUGUAGAUGAGCGGCUCUAUGUCAACAGGGAAAGAAGAAAUGAAUAUACAUGUCCAGCGUUCCCUUGAUCG